AUGGGUGUAAAAAUUCCGAGUCGAACGCCCCUCGUUUGCGCCGGCAAUAAUUCCGUCUUCGUCCUCUUCCAGGUGGCGUGGCUCCGGGUUAACACGCAGACCAUACUGACGAUAGCCAACCACGUUAUCACGAAGAAUCAUCGGAUCGGAGUGACACACAGCGACCACAGGACCUGGUACCUCCACAUCCGCGAGGUGCAGGAGUCGGACAGAGGGGACUAUAUGUGUCAGAUCAACACGGACCCCAUGAAGUGCCAAAUCGGUUAUCUGGAAAUCGUUGUACCUCCGGAUAUAUUGGAUUACUCGACAAGCACCGACAUGGUAGUGCGGGAGGGUAGUAACGUUACCUUGCGCUGCGCCGCCACCGGAACACCCACGCCCAACAUCACCUGGAGACGAGAAGGAGGCGAGCUGAUCCCCUUCGGAAACGGUCAGGAAGUGACCAGUAUCGACGGCUCCAUUUUCCACAUAACUAGAGUAAAUCGCUUGCACAUGGGUCCCUAUCUCUGCAUAGCUUCCAAUGGGGUACGACCAACAGUCAGCAAGCGAAUUAUGCUCAUAGUGCAUUUUCCACCUAUGAUCUGGAUUCAAAACCAACUCGUGGGAGCUCGAGUGGGUCAACAGAUGACUUUGGAGUGCCACUCCGAAGCCUAUCCCAAGUCCAUCAAUUAUUGGACGAGAGAUACAGGCGAGACCAUUGCAAACGGUGAUAAGUACGAUCAGGUGCUGCUGGACAACGCCUACAAGGUGCACAUGAAGCUGACGAUCCAAUCCGUAAGCGAAUCCGAUUAUGGAUCGUACAAUUGUUACUCCAAGAACUCUCUUGGAAGUACGGAUGGAAGUAUCAAACUGUACCAUAUACCAUCACCGACGACAUUGCCGAGCACCACCAGUACGACGCCCAGACCAACCGAGGAGAGGGCCGAGAAGAAGCAGAGAUCGCGUCCGAAGGCUCUACCUAGCCCCGAGCCAAGCUCCAACGAGAUAAUGAAUGCGUCGCAGACGGCCGCGACCAGAGAAGGAGAUUCCCGACGUCGCGGACGGCCGAAAGACAGCAGCGGAGUCGGCGGAAAGCUGGACGGCAAUGUCGGAGGUCGACAGACAGACAACACUGCCCAAUCCAUGUCAUCAUCUUCGAGGAGUUCGGCCCUGGUGUCCACGGCCAAAUUUGGAGCACUCCUCUGGGCAGUCACCCUGGUUAGGGCGCUCUCGUAG